GCGAACAGGUCGUACACAACAGUUACUUUUUAAAGGGAACUUGUGCUUUAUUUGGCAUAGGUUACAACCUUCAGUAACCUAUUGAGUGGUUUUAAUUAACUUCAUAAACGCAAAAACGUCUUAGUGCCUGUUUCUGAAUCCGCUGCUUUUUAGAGUGCAAUACAAAAAUAUAUGUAGGACAUUAUUAUCUUGAAGAUUCUUUUUAUCUUUGUCAUUUAAGGCACCGCCCACUGUGAAAAAUGCGUGAGCGCCAUUGGUGAGUUGAUGUGAAAGUAGUCACCGUUUGGGUGUUCAGAUUUGUCAGUCAACUCUCUGUCCUUCAGUUAUACAAAAAGCAUGUCAGUGUCAUUUGGCAGCGGUUGUCGACUUUCUUCCAAAUUAUUUUUUCAUUAACCGACAUAGCUAACUUAUGUAUUGAUUUGUAGUAGACGUGUUGCCAGUAAAUAGGACAAGACAAAAGGACGACACCAUCUACAUGUUUUAGGUGGAUUUAUACUGCGUCAGCCUGUUUUGUUGCUAACAUAACAAAACUUCACGGAUGAUUCACUGUACCUACAGCUGUUUUUGCACAGUAUAGGACCUUAACUCGGCAUGCACCCUGACCUGUCACCCCACCUACACACAGAUGAGUGUAAUGAGCUCAUAAACCGCCUGAAACAAUGCCACGCUGAGCAUAACGUUCUGAAGUUCUUUGGGACUUGUAACGACAUUGACCGCGCCAUGCGGAACUGCCUUAAAAAUGAGAGGCUGGAAAGGCGGGAGCGCAGCAAACAACAUGCACUAGCCAUGAAAAAGAGACUGAAAGAAGGACACAAGGAGCAGCUCUGAAAGACACUUUGAAUGCGUUUCCGAUUUUGAGAUGCUGAACUUAGCAUGCCUCACUGUUUUCAGUGGUAAAACUGUCUGGUACCGUGGAUAUUCAAGAUCUACCUCUCCUCUUGACUGCCAGGUUUUUCUGAUGUAGGAAAAUGGGACAAAGAUUAAUCAUUACAUCCCCCUCCCCAACAAUCAAUAUGAGCUAUAAUGUACAAUUCAAAAAGGGAGUAAAAAUACACAACUUUGAUAGAACAAAUGACCGAUUAUUAUUAUUAUUAUAAUUUUACAUUUUAUCUUUAUCACUUUUAUGUGUAUCAUAAAAACUUGGCUUAAGACAAAAAAAUCUGUUGAUGGGAAUUCACAAUUCAUUAGACAGUGCAUACACCCAUAUGAUCAGACAAUAUUCAGUAUAAGUGGUGCAUUAAAUCAAUUCUGCCCUAA